AUGGAUCCAAUAUGUGGCAGGGGAAAAAAAUCACAGGUGUCUCUCCCGGAAGAAAUAACCAGGGAGGAGAUACUUAUUCGACUUCCCGUGAAAUCUCUUGUACGAUCCCAAGCCGUUUGUAAAUCAUGGGAAUCUGUUCUGCACGACCCAGAUUUCAUGCAAGCACACAUUGCCCGUAACAUGAAACAAAACCCUAACGACCAUGCUAAUCAUCUCGUAGCUUUGUAUUCAAGUACACUUCGGAUCCUCUCCUCUUCGGAUCAGACUUUCAAACAAACUGGUACCCGUGUGUUUCCUUUGUUCGUAAAUUAUCUGCUUGGUUCGGUUAAUGGCUUAGUCUGUGUUUCGAAAUUCGACAGGUUCUUCAUAUGUAAUCCUGCUAUUGGUAAAAUUAAGGAUACAUAUCUUGCACCUUAUUUUAAUGAUAUACCUCGACGUGAUGAUUUUUGUACUCGAAUUCUAGGAUUUGGUUGGGAUCAUGUUAGAGACGAAUAUAAGAUUGUAGCUUGCUAUCUUUCCUAUAGUACAAUGAAAGGUGCUGUUUACUCGUCUAGUUCGAAUUCGUGGACUGAACUGGUUUUACCUGAUUCUGUGUUUCCUAGGAAUAAUUUUCUUAGGAAUAAUAUGUUUGAGGCUGGAAUCACAGUGCUCACUCCCACUAAUAUCAUCCGAAAUUGCCCGUAUUGGAGGUACGCGAGUAACACGGCAGAAAGGGAUAACGGCAAUGCCACUCUAGUUAAGUUUGAGGUUGAAACGAAUGAGUUUAGGUUGUUGCCUGAAUUUGAUCACGACACCGUACGUGGAAAAAAGAUUGAUCUUGUGAAUUUAAAGGAUUGUCCUGCUGUCUUGGUCUAUAAUGAAAAACAGAGUGUAGUUGGCUCUGUGGAUCUACAUUACCUGGACGAGGUUUCUGGCAUUUGGAUUAAGAUGUACACCAUGGAACCAAUCAAUUCUGAUUUUCCAAGUGUGCGGGGGUUUAAGGGAUAUUUAUAUGGUGGUGAGAUAAUGUUUGAUGAUCAGGGUAAACUUUUCUGCUAUGAUCCGGAGGCAAAAGUGAUUACAAGCUUUCUCGGCUGUCAUGGAUUUCCCUCAGCAGAUUGUUUUAGUUAUACACCUACAUUAGUUUUCCUUCCUGAGAUGAAGAAGAAGGUGCUAUUCGUUGGUCCUAUGGUUCCCCUGUAA